AGCUGCCCUACAAAGCACCAACCCUAUAGUUGAAAAGCAUAAUAAGCCAGAGACAGUACAAUAGCAUUAGCACCCACUCAUGGCAACUUACCUGGUCCUGUUGAUCCUGCUAAUUGAUCUGAUUUUACCUGCCAGUGCUGCAGAUGGAAAUCCCCGAAAUGAGAACCUCCUUGUUGCAAUUCAAGAGAUGCAGAAGGCCAACUACUUCACUUUUGUCAUGCUCAUUAACAUGUCCCCACCAGAUACAAUACCAGGGAACAUCACCUUCCUGAUGCCCAAUGACCGGAUGCUAUCAAAGAUUAUGCUGCCGGAGCAUGCGGUUGCCGAAUUCCUGUUGAGGCAUUCGAUCCCUUCUCCCCUACUCUUUGAUGAUAUGAAACAUUUCCCAAGUGGGUCCACUAUUCCAACCUCCGAGCCAGAUUUCAUGCUCAAAGUCUCCAACAAUGGAAGAAGAAGCUUUUACCUCAAUGAUGUACAGCUCAUUAGCCCAAAUAUCUGCACAACAGGGUCUUCAAUCAGAUGCCAUGGCAUUAAUGGGGUAUUUUCAGUAACAGAAUCGCAGCACAACUCCACGCCGCCUUCACCUACCUGCUCUUCUGCAACUCCUCAGCUUGAAGUUACACCUGCAACUCCCUCAAGGGCAUCGCCGCCUCCAGCUCCAGGAAAUCCAACAACUCUAACAGAGGCCACAUCACCUACUGGUUUGGGCGAUGGUGAACAGAAAUCAGGCUCUGGUUGUCCCUUGCCUUCUGGAGCAUUCCUCCACUUGAUAACAACCUGCAUGAUACUAUCAUUGGUGGCUGGUGGAUUUUCAAAUAUAGUGUUCAGUACAUAGGAAAUUUUUUUACUUGUAACCAUAUGAAAGUAAUGGGAAUCCCUCAUGUGGCCAAUGAUCAGAUAACGUACCUAACCAUCGAACUGAGUCAAACUCACCAGCAAACAUCAACCAGUUUGUCUAUUUGAAUUUAUUGUGCAGAAAGCUUGUAACAGCCUAGAUUUAGACCAGGAGAAAUAUGCAUGAGGCAAACAGUAAAAUAUAAAGAUAUUUCCUGGUCUCACUUCCAUUUUGGUAACAUGAAUACAUGGCAGCAAUUCUAAACACCCAAACAGUUCUUUUCAAUUUGAAGCAUUUGAUCUUUUUAUGCUCAAUCAAUACAACAGAUGUAUAUUU